AUCGUUAAAAAUAGAUAAUAGAACACAACAGAUUGUUUAUAGAUUUCCCUAAUGUUAAAUAUUUUGAAAGGUUCCACCAUUCUUCGCUAAUAAAGAAUAGGAGCAGGUAGCAAAUGGCUCAGAGGGGCGAAGGGGACUUUGAGUCCCAACCUUCGGAGAGUAGUGCCAGCAAUAGUACUAAUUCAGACAUAAGGAGGAAGGCUAGGCUCACUGGAAAGCUUAUAUGCGUUCCUCCUAUAUCCAUGCAAGGGAUGCGUGGUGUAAACGUUGUACCAUUUCAUUAUCCACAUAAGCGCCUGUUGGAGAAGAUUGACUAUAAAAUUGAAGAACCGGAACCACUGACUGGAUUUAAAAGAAGACAAGAAGAAUUAUUAAACAAAAGGAUUAAGUUGCCGCCAAUACAAGAAAUUAGCCUACAACCACAGCGAAAAUUGACAGGUGUAAGCUAUAAGUCGUCUUCGGUAUCUACAGUAGUUACUUUUCUUGAUAGAGCAUCAGAAUCUGACAGAUUAAAAUCAGGGGCUAAUGAAAAAUUAUCGAAAGUUGUGGAUCAAAAAGAAUGGAUCCAGAAAAUGAGAACAAGUUCUGAUGGAUCUUUUGUCUAUUUUACCUAUGCAGUUCCAAAAAGUUCAGAAUUAUUCAAUCCUUAUAUGUUAAAAGUGGUAGGUUACAAGGAAGUUGAUAAAAACAAUUUUUUUACCAUGAGUGCCAAAGGUGUAAUGCAGCACAUAGGCAGCGAGGUAAUAUUUACUCCACUUGACAAAUGGGAAGCCGAGUAUGAUAUGUUUCAAAGAUUAAUGAAUAUCAGGACGUUUAGAAUGUUUCGCAAAUGGAAGGGAUUUUACGUCUGGCGUAAAAAUAUAAUUUAUACUAAAUUUACAACUGCUCAGAAAAGUUUGGCAGAAAACAUAUUUUUUUUAAAUCCACUACUAAGGCAAGGCCUUAUUGAUAUACAGUAUAUGUGCUAUAAAAUGAUCGAUACAAACUUCGUAGACUUAAGUGAAAAGGAAAACGUUUGGCUGUUUUAUUUUAUUGAAAAUCAAAUGGACAAAUUAAUCCAUAUUAGAGAACAGACAACAGAGUUCCAUGAGUUGGCAAAAGAAAUAGUGUCAAAUGCCUGCCAUGGUGCACUUUUAGCAAAGGGUUUUGUGCCUGAUGAACGAAUAGUUGCGGAAGAACAAAAAGAUCAGAGGCGCCGCAGGCAACAAAAAGCAUCAUAUAUUGAGCAAGCUAGUAAAAAGAAAUUUUGCGAACGUCUAUCUGCUUAUAUUAUGUUAGUGGACUACAUGUCGAUAAAUAUGCUUCACCAGUUAAUGAUUAAUUCAAUUAACGAGCUUAAUAUUCUGUUUGAAAAUCAUACAAAAUACCUACCAGGACAAGAACUGCUAGAAACCACUGAGCUAGACAAAAUCUUGGAGCAACCUAGAGAAAAAGAUGACCCUCAACUGCCCCUUUUUGUUGUGAAUGUAAUACUUGAACCAGAUAUAGUCAAACUUGAUCCAACAGUUGAAGUAGCGAAAUAUAUAUUCAGGCAAAUUAUCGAACUCUGGGAAGGCCAUUGUAUAGGUGUCAAACCGUUUGUAGCUGAUCCCCUAUAUUCUAUUUUUACAACUCCAGUAAUAAAUGAAAAGGUAGAAGAUAGAAUCUGCGGAUGGGGUCCAACGUUUGAAUUUUAUUUAAACAAAGAUGAGAAACUAGCUCAAGAAAAGGAACGAUUUUUUAAAUUUUUUGAUAUCAACUAUGAUGCAGCUAAUUUAUAUAUACAAAGACUUGAGCCUGUGAGAGAAUUCUUUGCAGAGGAUUUAAUGGUUUGUGAAGAAGAUAUUCAACAAGAAACUGUAAUCGAAAACUUUAGAAAUAUGUGUACUCGAUACAACUCGGAAAUAGACGUUAUUACAAAUAUCACCAACAGUCAAGCCCUUGGGUUGCUUUAUCUAAUGCAAGACGGAUUUAAAAACAGUGUUCUUCCUGAGCCCCGUAGGCUUUUGGAAAUUGCAAAAGAUGUUAUUCCUUGGAUCGGCCGUGAAAAAGUGGCCUUCUUGACUCAAAAUGUGGAAGAAAUGGAAACUUAUCUUGCCCAAGAACCAAUUAUGACCGUAGACUAUGUAAAAUACUUAGAAUAUAUAGACGAAGCGACAUCGAGAGUUGAUAAGAUGGAAGAAAUACUUGAUUAUUGCAAGGAACUUUACGAUAUCACAGAAGAAUUUUCUAUAUUGGUAGCCCACGAAGAAAUGACAAACUACUUGGGGCUUAGUGUAUCUUUGGGAAAUCUAAGGAACCUUGUUGAUAAGAAAAUUGAAGAAACUGGCAGGAUUGUUAAAUCAUUUAAUGAUCAAAUGAAUAAAGAUAUAAGUGCUUUAAUUUCUGAAGUUGGAGUCAUAAAAGAUGAGUGUAUGCAACCGUGGCUUUAUGAUAUUGACUCUAAUACUGAGGAAGUCACAGACUUUUUGACCGAUUUACACGACCGACUUUUGGGAUGCCAAGCAAGAGCACAGGAGUUCAAAAAUUAUCAGAAGCAGUUCAGGCUUGAAGUAUCACGGUUUGACAUGCUAGAUGAAGUAAUGAAUGACGUUAAAUUACGUAUGUUGCUAUGGGAAAGUGUAGACACCUGGGCCAAGACUGUAGAUGAAUGGUACCAUUGCGAAUUCAACACUCUAAAUACUGAAGAUAUGAAUCUAUUUACAGCCAAAAAUGUAAAAAAUAUCGGACAGCUUGAAAAGGGACUACCACCCAAUCUUAUUGUACCCAAAUUAAAAGAUGAAGUUGAGCUUAUGAAGGACAAGCUUCCGGUAAUAACGUUUCUAAGAAACCCAGCUUUGAAAACAAGACAUUGGGUUAAAGUAGAGAAUGUUCUUAACCACAAGUUUAAGCCCGAGGAAGUGAUGACAUUGGAAUUAUUAGAAAGUCUCAACGUGUUUAGUUAUCCACAAGAACUAAUGGAAAUAUCUGGACAAGCCAGUAGCGAAGCAGGUUUGGAGGCUUUGCUUAAGAAGGUCGAAGAAUCUUGGAAAAGCCUCGAGUUUAUUGUUCUUUCUCACAAAGACUCUAAAGAUGUAUUUAUAUUGGGGUCCCUUGAAGAUGUACAAGCAGUACUGGAUGAAAGUAACAUAAAUAUUACAACAAUUGCCAGUUCCCGGCACGUAGGUCCAAUAAAAAACCGUGUUGAAGAAUGGCAGAGAAACUUGGAUCUAUUUUCUCAUACCUUGGAUGAAUGGAUGAUGUGCCAACAAAGCUGGGUAUAUUUAGAAGUUAUAUUUUCUGCUCCAGAUAUUCAGAGGCAGUUACCUAAUGAAGCCAAGUUAUUUACCGUAGUAGACAAAUCAUGGAAAGAGAUUAUGAGAAGAACCGCAAAGAUGCCUUUAGCAAUGGAAGCUGCUCUACAACCAGGUAUUUUGGAAGCAUUUCAAAGAAAUAAUUCCCUCUUAGAACAAAUCAUGAAAUGCCUCGAGUCAUACUUGGAAACAAAGAGAGUUGCUUUUCCACGAUUUUACUUCUUAUCGAAUGAUGAACUCUUGGAUAUUUUGGCUCAAACUAGAAAUCCGCAUGCUGUUCAACCACAUUUAAGAAAAUGUUUUGAUGCGAUUGCUAAAUUAGAAUUUGGUAUGAAACCUGUUGAUGAAGGCGACCAACCUAAAGAAGCAUCUAAAGAAGGCAAAAAGGAAAAAGCACCUACAAUGGUUUUGACUACUGAUAUUAUUGCAAUGAUAAGUCCAGAGGGUGAAAGAGUGGCUCUUAGUAAAGGGCUUAAGGCUAGAGGCAAUGUUGAAGAUUGGCUGGGAAAAGUUGAAGAGUCUAUGUUUUUAAGCUUAAGAAAGUGUAUGAAGGUAUCGAUGACCCAUUACAUGCAAAAACCAAGGACAGAAUGGGUAGUUUGCCAUCCCAAUCAAAUAAUUUUGACAGUGUCUCAAAUAAUGUGGGCUAAGGGUGUUCAUGAAAUUUUAGACGGAGAAGGUAAUACAACUCAGAAAAUGGAGAAAUAUAUGACCAAGAGUGUUAAGGAUUUGAACGAUUUGGCAGCUUUAGUAAGAAGCGAUCUUUCGUCCGUAACUAGAAAAAUUUUAAUUGCCCUAAUUACUAUUGAUGUUCACGCUAGAGAUACAAUAUUUAACUUGGUAAAAGGAAAAGUUUCAAAUAGUAAUAGUUUUGACUGGCUAAAAGUUCUGCGCUACUAUUGGUUUGAAGCCAUAGAUGACUGCAUGGCGAAAAUGUCUAGCGCCUCAUACCUAUAUGGAUAUGAGUAUUUAGGAGCUGGUGGUGUUUUAGUUAUAACGCCCCUAACAGAUAAAUGUUACCUCUGUCUGAUGGGUGCUCUUCAAUUAGAUUUGGGUGGUGCCCCUGCAGGUCCGGCCGGUACGGGUAAAACGGAAACCACAAAAGACUUGGCAAAAGCUCUUGCCAUCCAAUGCGUGGUAUUUAACUGUUCAGAAGGUUUAGACUACAAGAUGAUGGGCCGCUUCUUUUCUGGCUUGGCACAAUCUGGAGCUUGGUGUUGUUUUGACGAAUUUAAUCGGAUCGACAUUGAAGUACUUUCUGUCAUAGCUCAACAAUUGAUCACCAUUAGAAAUGCUAAAGCUGCUAAAUUAUCGAGAUUUAUGUUUGAAGGAAGAGAAAUUAAAUUGAUACAAAAAUGUGCAGCUUUUAUUACCAUGAACCCUGGGUAUGCUGGAAGGACUGAACUUCCAGAUAACUUAAAAGCUCUGUUUAGACCCAUAUCAAUGAUGGUACCGGACUAUGCCCUAAUUGCAGAGGUGAUAUUAUACUCCGAGGGAUUUGAGUCUUCAAAAAAUCUGUCACAAAAAAUGGUGCAAAUGUAUAAGCUUUGCAGCGAACAACUUUCACAACAAGAUCAUUAUGAUUUCGGCAUGCGGGCUGUUAAGAGUGUUUUGGUCAUGGCAGGAGCCCUUAAGAGAGCCAAUCCCGAUCGCAAUGAAGAUGUUGUAUUGAUCUGUGCCUUAAGAGAUAGCAAUUUACCGAAAUUUCUCUCUGAUGAUGCGAUAUUGUUCCAGGGAAUUCUUGGUGAUCUGUUUCCUGGAACUGAGCUUCCAGUAAGCGAUUAUGGAGUUUUUCAAGAAACCAUGAUUGAAGUCAUGGUAGAAAGUAAUCUUCAGCCCGAGCUAUGUAUGAUUUCUAAAGUAAUUCAGCUUCAUGAGACUAUGAUUGUGCGGUGGGGAGUUAUGUUGGUCGGUCCUACUGGAGGGGGAAAAACUACUAUAUUAAAUACUUUGAACUGGUCUUUAUCUAGAAUGCAUGAGAAGGGCCAAGAAGGUCCUUACUACCACCCAGUUCAUACCUACAUCAUGAAUCCGAAGGCAGUAUCUGCAGGGGAACUAUAUGGAGAAGUAAAUCCAUUUACCCUUGAAUGGAGGGAUGGACUAAUGGGUAUUAUGAUGAGAACAGCUGUGCAGAAUACGACUGAGGAUCACCAAUGGAUUAUCUGUGAUGGCCCUGUAGAUGCGGUUUGGAUUGAAAAUUUAAACACAGUACUAGAUGAUAACAAAAUGCUAUGCCUAGCCAAUUCGGAAAGAAUUAAGCUUACGCCAUAUGUUCACAUGGUUUUUGAAGUUCAAGAUCUAGCUCAGGCAUCACCAGCCACAGUUAGCAGGUGUGGAAUGGUUUAUGUAGAUUCUGAGGAGAUUAAAUGGUUGCCAUACGUAAAAUCUUGGAUUAAUACUAUAGAUGACAACAUUUUAAAUGAUGAGUUAAAAGAAUUUUUACUCGGACUAUUUGUCACUUAUGUUGAGGAUGGUUUUAGUUUCGUCAAAAAAUAUGCCAUAUAUGCAAUUCACCAAGUAGAUAUAUCUAAAGCAAGAAUGAUUUGUUCGCUAAUACAAAGUCAAUUAUAUUUGCCCGGAGCAAUGGAGAAAAUUGGUGAAAGAGCGAAGGUCCGGUGCUUUGUAUGUCAAACGUUUAUUUCAUCAUAUUUAUGGGGCCUUGGUGGCAACAUUACUGAAGAAAGUAGAGAAAAGUUUGAAAUUUUUGUACAAACUCAAUUUGAGGAAUGUUCUGAUGCCAGGUUACCUCCAGGACAAGAUUUAUGGUAUGCUUUUAUGGACGUUCAAAGUAAACGUUUAACACCAUGGCAGCGAAUAAUGCCAGAAUUUGUUUACGACAAGAACAUUCCGUUCUUUGACACGUUGGUUCCGACAUUGGAUACUGUAAGAUUUGGAUAUAUUAUGGAACGGUUGAUAAAUGUCAAUCACGCUGUUAUGAUUACUGGAGACACAGGUGUUGGAAAAUCAGUUGUUGCGAAAGACGUCCUUAAUCGGCUGGGCGCUUCCGACCAAUUUGUGCCAGCCACCAUGAACUUCUCGGCACAAACAAGUAGCAUGCGUACUCAAGAAAUAAUAGAACUAAAACUAGAGAGAAAAAAGAAAACAUUGCUUGGAGCUCCGUUGGGAAAGAAAGUUGUAAUAUUUGUUGAUGAUGUAAACAUGCCAAAACUUGAAACUUAUGGAGCUCAGCCUCCCAUCGAAUUAAUAAGGCAACUUUUAGAUUAUGGAGGACUAUACGAUCGAGAAAAACUGUUUUGGAAAGAGAUACGCGACGUCAUAUUAACAACAGCCUGCGCGCCGCCUGGAGGUGGAAGAAAUCCCUUAACACCCCGUUUCGUGAGACAUUUUGGUAUGCUAUUGUUACCUUCACCAAAUGAGCAAGCUUUAAAGUCUAUUUUUAAGGCUAUUCUCAAAGGUUUUCUCUUUGACUUUUCUAACGAAUGUCGUGAUGUCGGAGAUUACAUGGUUAAUGCAGCAGUUGAUAUUUACGAUAGAAUAGCUACAGAUUUGUUACCUACUCCAUCCAAAUCUCAUUACGUAUUUAACCUAAGAGACUUAUCUAAAUGUAUACAAGGCAUUACACAGGCCGACUCUGGUACUAUGCGAGCAGGAAUGGAAAUUAUGAGGUUGUUUUAUCAUGAAUGUUUACGAGUUUUUCAUGACAGGUUAAUUAACGUGGAAGAUAAGUCAUAUUUCUAUUUCUUGAUGAAGGAAAUAUGCACUCGAAACUUUGGUACCCCAGUAUUGACGCUUCCUGAAACUUCUCUAAUAGAAGAUCCACCAAUAUUAUUGUUUGGAGAUUUUAUGGUAUUUGGAGCAGAGCGAGAAAAUAGAAUUUACGAAGAACUGAAGAAUAUCGAUAAAUUGAAAAGCAUUUUACAGGAUUACUUAGAUGACUUUAAUCUAAUGUUUAACAAAGAUAUGCAAGUAAUUUUUUUUAUGAUGGCUGUAGAGCAUUGUGUCAGAAUAGCAAGGAUUUUAAGAUCUGAAAGAGGCAAUGCUUUAUUAGUCGGAGUAGGUGGUAUGGGCAAACAAAGUUUAACCAAAUUGGCAUCCCACGUAAAUGGAUACAAGUGCUUCCAAAUCGAACUCGUAAGAAAUUAUGACCAUUCGUCCUUCUUUGAAGAUUUACGAAAGUUCUACUUUUAUGCUGGCGUUGAGAAUAUGGACGCCGUCUUUUUGUUUACUGACACCCAAAUCGCUCAAGAGGAAUUUCUGGAGGAUAUUAAUAAUAUUUUAAACUCGGGUGAUGUACCAAAUCUCUUCGAAGCUGAUGAAUAUGAAAAAGUUAUUAUCGGAAGCAGAGAUGCAGCCAAAAAAGCGGGCUUUCCCGAUGGGAGAGAUCACAUCUAUGAAUAUUUUAUAAGCAGGGUGAGAAGUAACCUGCAUUUAGUAAUUUGUAUGAGUCCUGUGGGAGAUGCCUUUAGGCGAAGAUGCAGAAUGUUUCCUUCUUUAGUCAAUUGUUGUACAAUUGAUUGGUUCGAGAAAUGGCCCCAAGAAGCUCUAUUGUCUGUAGCUCUUUCGAGCUUAAAAGAUAUUGGUUCACCAGAGCUUUGUAGCAGCCUUUCUACUGUAUGCGUUACUAUUCAUGAAAGUGUUGAAGAGAUGACUUUGAGGUUCUAUCGAGAAAUGAAACGGUACUAUUACACAACCCCAAGCAGUUAUUUAGAGCUAAUAAAACUAUAUAAGCAUAUGCUUAAAGAACGAAAAGAGAAAAUAACAAAAACUAGAGAUAGAAUUGCCAACGGAUUACAGAAAUUAUAUGAAACUAAUGACGUAAUUGACUCUAUGAAAGAAACUUUAAUAGCAUUAGAACCAGAACUGGCAAAAAAAUCUAUUGCUGUUGCUGAGUUAAUGAAAAAUUUAGCUAAAGAACAAAAAUCCGCCGAUAAAGUUCGAGUAACUGUUAAAACUGAUGAAGAACAUGCAAAGAUAAAAGCGGAUGAGACCCAAGUGUUAGCUGAUGAUGCACAACGGGACUUGGAUACAGCACUUCCUGCAUUGGAAGCAGCGACCAAAGCUUUAGAAGCACUUAAUAAGAAUGACAUUAAUGAAGUUAAAGUAUUUCAAAAACCGCCAAAACUUGUACAAUUUGUUAUGGAAAGUGUUUGUAUAUUAUUAGGAGCCAAAACCGACUGGGCAGCAUCUAAAAUUGUUUUGGGCGACACAAAUUUCCUAAAGAAACUCCAGGACUACGAUAAGGAUCAUAUAACCGAUAUAAUGCUAAAAAAGCUAAAAACUUACGUAGAACAUCCUGACUUUGUACCAGAAAAAGUUGUAACAGUAAGCAAAGCUUGUAAGAGUUUGUGCAUGUGGGUUCGUGCAGUUGAUAUGUAUGCUAAAGUUUAUCGAAUUGUAGAACCGAAAAGAAAAAAGCUACAAUCAGCUGAAAAAGAACUCAACGCAGUAAUGUCUCUCCUUCGUGAAAAGCAAAAACAAUUAGCGGAUGUUGAAGCAAUGAUUGCAGCUCUUGAAGCAAAAUUCAAUGCAACCGUGGCAGAAAAAGAAGCAUUAGAAAAUAAUAUUGCACUUACCUCAGCAAGACUAAAUAGAGCCGGCCGCCUUAACAUUGCCUUGGGCGACGAACAAACCAGAUGGGAGGAUGCUGUUAAGAAUUUUGCCAUUGAGUUAGUGAAUUGCGUAGGAGAUGUGAUGAUGGCUGCCGCCUGUGUCGCGUAUCAAGGAGCAUUUACUUCCAACUAUAGGCAAGAGUUAACUCAAACUUGGGAGAAAAAAUGUAUUGAGCAAAAUAUUCCAUCUACUGAAAAUUUUAACUUAUUAAAUGUGCUAGCUGAUCCCUAUGAAAUUAGAACAUGGAAUGCUUGUGGUUUGCCCAGAGACAGCGUGUCUACAGAAAACGCUAUAAUGGUAACAAAAGCAAACCGCUGGCCACUUAUGAUAGAUCCUCAAGAACAAGCCAAUAGGUGGAUUCGCCAAAUGGAAGCAGAAAACAAUAUGAAGGUCAUCAAGUUGACUGACCCAAAUUUCAUGAGAAUAUUAGAAAAUGGCAUACGAAUUGGGAUGCCAGUACUCUUGGAGGAAGUAGGAGAAUCGCUUGAUCCCACAUUAGGGCCCAUUUUAAUGAAACAAACUUUCGUACAGGGAGGAAGAACUCUUAUUCAUUUAGGCGACUCAGAUGUAGAAUAUGAUCCAAACUUUAAGUUUUACAUAACGAGCAAACUUGCAAACCCACACUACCUUCCAGAAGUUUGUAUCCAAGUGACUAUAGUAAAUUUUACUGUUACACCCUCUGGAUUAGAAGAUCAGCUUUUAGCAGAUGUAGUUAGAUUAGAAAGACCAGAGCUUGAACUGCAAAGAAAUGAGCUAGUUGUAAAAAUUAAUACUGACAAGGCUCAAUUAAAGGGUAUUGAAGAUAAGAUUUUGUUUCUUUUAUAUCAUUCAGAGGGUAAUAUUCUCGACGAUGAGGAGUUAAUUGAAACAUUAAAUGAGAGUAAGGAAACUUCCGCCAUUAUUGAAGCCAGACUAACAGAGACCGAAGCUACUGAAGAAAAGAUAUCAAUUGCUCGUGAAAAAUACCGUUCAGUUUCUACUCGAGGUUCUGUUUUGUACUUUGUUGUAGCAAAUUUAGCAGAAAUUGACCCUAUGUAUCAAUAUUCUCUAAAAUAUUUUAACCAGGUUUUUAACAAUGUGAUUCAAACAACAGAAAAAAAUCCAGUAUUGGAGCAAAGGCUCAGUAUAUUGAGGGCCGAAAUUACUUUAGCAGUUUACACUAUAAUAUCUCGAGGUUUAUUCGAAAGGCAUAAAUUAGUAUUUAGCUUUAUGUUGUGUAUUGCCAUUAUGCAGCAAGAAGAAAAACUUACCGAUGCUCAGUGGAGUUUCUUGUUACGUGGCCCGGUUGGCAGCAAAAGCAGUGCAAAGAAACCAGACCUUCCAGUUAUAACAGAUGCUAUAUGGCAGGCAGCGAACUUUUUAGAAACUAGUUAUCAAGAAUUUCAAAGACUUUCUGAAGAAAUUACCAAAGCUAUAUCUUUAUCGAUAGGAGAAUAUAAAUUGACAAUUAAACUGGUGAAUAACUCUCCAAAUAGUUCAAUUAAUUGGGAUCAAAGGCUAAAUGACUUUGAAAAACUACUACUGAUUAAAACAUUACAAGAGGAGAAGCUCGUGUUUGCUAUAACUGAAUUUGUGAACAUUAAUAUGGGUCAUGCUUUCAUAGAGAGUCCUCAGGUUUCCUUGAAUCUUUUAUAUCAAGAUACUUCUAACGCAGUGCCACUAAUUUUUGUUUUGAGUACUGGUUCUGAUCCCUUUGGAGCAUUUCAAAGAUUUGCUGCUGAUAUGGGUUAUACCAAUAAACUUAAGUCAAUAUCACUUGGUCAGGGACAGGGACCUGUAGCUGAAAAGAUGAUACAAGAAGCCUUGGAAACCGGAGACUGGAUAUUUUUACAAAACUGUCAUUUGGCAACAUCAUGGAUGUUAUCUAUGGAAAAAAUAGUAUUGGAUAUAGCGGAAAAUGCUGCCAAAGUAAAUAAGACCUUUAGAUUGUAUAUGAGUUCAAUGCCUUCCAAAUUCUUCCCAGUAGCGGUAUUGCAGAAUUCGGUCAAAGUUACCAAUGAACCGCCUAAGGGUCUGCGGGCUAAUAUGAAAAGAGCUUUUGCUGAAAUGCUUGAAGACUUCUUCGAGAAUCACCCUCUUAAACAAAACUGGAGAUCAAUACUAUUUGGAAUAUGUAUGUUUCACGCCAUUGUUCAAGAAAGAAAGAAGUUUGGACCACUUGGUUGGAAUAUUGUUUAUGAGUUUAACGAUAGUGAUAGAGAUUUUGCUUUUAAUACUUUUAAAAUGUUUUGUGCCGAAGGAUUUAUUCCAUGGGAUGCGUUGGAAUAUUUAACAGGCGAAAUAACUUAUGGGGGAAGAGUUACUGACUAUUGGGAUCUGAGGUGUUUAAAGACAAUUCUGAAAAUAUUUUUUUCCCCGCCAACUUUGGUAAAAAAUUAUAAAUAUUCCGUUUCUGGCACCUAUUAUUGUCCGCAGUUUGAUAAAUUGCAAAACUAUCGUGACUUUAUCGACAAGUUUCCUAUUAUUGAGGAACCAGAAAUAUUUGGCAUGCACGAGAAUGCAAACAUAGCUUUUCAGAUAAAAGAAACUCAGACAGUUAUAAAAACCAUUAUGGAAAGUCAGCCCCGAUCAGAAGGCGGAGGUGAUGGAAAAUCAAGUGACGAAAUUGUGUACGAAUUGGCUGAGCAUGUUAGAGAAGUUAUUUUAAAGAAAAUAGAGACGGAAGAACUUAAUAUUUACAUGUUUAAGAAAGAUGCGAAGGGUCGUCUACCUUCACUUACCACAGUACUGACUCAAGAAGUAGACAGAUAUAACAAACUACUAAAACUGAUCCAUAAUUCUAUGGAUCAACUUCAAAAAGCAAUUAAAGGUUUAGUUGUAAUGUCCGAAGCUCUCGAGGAUGUGUACAAAGCAUUUAUGAAUAAUCAGGUACCCCACAUGUGGUCUGCUAAAGCCUACAACUCUCUUAAAAGUUUGGGUAGCUGGGUAGUAGAUCUUACACUAAGGCUUGAUUUUAUCAGUACCUGGUUAAGAUCAGGGCAUCCAACCUCUUACUGGCUAUCCGGAUUUUACUUUCCGCAAGGCUUUUUGACUGGUACUUUACAAACUCACGCAAGAAAGUACAAUUUACCGAUUGACAAACUAAAAUUUGAUUUUCUUGUAAAGCCUGUUAAUUUGAAUCAAGAAGAAAUCAUGGCCGUACACGUUCAAGAAGGAAGAGAGGUAUAUCAGGUAUAUAGACCUUUGGAUACUCCAUCAGAUGGUGUACUAGUACAUGGACUAUUUUUGGACGCUGGAAGAUGGGAUAUGAGAACCAUGAAGCUAGUAGAUCCUAAACCAGGUGAAAUAAAUCCAUCAUUUCCAGUGAUCCAUAUGAUUCCCACGACCGACAUGCAUGAAGACGACCCUAGAUACGUCUGCCCUCUUUAUAAAACAUCAAUAAGAGCUGGAGUACUUUCUACUACAGGUCACAGUACUAAUUUUGUAAUAGCAGUACUAUUACCUACGGUGCAAACACAAAGUUAUUGGAUUUUAAAAGGAACCGCCCUACUAACUCAGAUUACUGAUUAAAUUAACUUAGGAUUCAAUUUCUGUGAUAUUUUUCCAGCAACUUUUACGAUAACUGGUGUUACAGCCGGCAAACCAACAUUAAACUACUAUGUCACAGCAUUGUAUAAGGGACCUAAAAACUUUAUGAUCUAACUAUACAUACGUUUAAUGUUGAUUUACCCUUGUAAUUUAAAUUAAAACAGUUUUUUGAUUUCGAUAUAUAUUUUCCAUAUUUUAUUGUUACAAAUAAAAAUUUUAUACAAACAA